CACCCCGCGUUUGUGCUGUUCAGCUGUCCGUGACGGGUCUGGGAAGGCGAAGCCGGGGAUCGUCGGCUGUUGACGUCAUGGUCGUGGUCCGUCGGGCCGUAUCUGUUGUGUUUUGUUCGGUUACGAAGAAUGUGAUGUGCACACCGGUGCUGUAGCCUGUGCCAGGCGCUGUGAUCUUUGUGUGGGAACGUGUGUGUGUGUUUUGCCUGUGUGCAUCGCGUGCUUGUGUGCGCGCGUGUGCCAUGCCGGGGUGUGCCGUCUCCUGAGGAGCAAUGUUCCGCUGUAUUCCACUGUUCCGUGGGUGCAACCGUCAAGUCGAGUACAUCGACAAGAGGCACAGUAACUUAUUCAAUAUACCGGACGAUGUGCUGAGGUACGCGAGGACGUUAGAAGAGCUGCUUCUAGAUGCCAAUCACUUCGCGACCUGCAGAGAGGUCUUUUCGACUCACGAAGUUGCGGAGGUUAGUGUCAACGACAAUGAAAUCUCCCAGCUUCCAGCGGACAGCCACUUGAUGAACUUGGUCGACUUGGAUGUGAGCAAAAACGAUAUUCAAGAAAUACCGGAGAACAUAAAGUACCUCAAGUCCCUCCAGAGCGCAGAUUUCAGCAGCAAUCCACUUUCCAAACUUCCUGCUGGUUUUGUACAGCUUCGAAGCUUAACAGUAUUGGGCCUUAAUGAUGUGUCAUUAACGCAGCUGCCCCAUGACUUUGGAAGUUUAUCGAAUCUUGUGUCCUUGGAACUGCGGGAAAACUACUUGAAAGGCUUGCCACUCUCGUUUGCAUUCCUUGUCAAACUUGAGCGGCUAGAUCUCGGGAGCAAUGACUUUGAAGAGCUGCCUGUCGUUGUGGGGCAACUCUCCAGCCUCCAAGAGUUGUGGCUUGACUCUAACGAGCUUUCUACACUGCCUAAGGAAAUCGGGCAGCUGAGGCGGCUCAUGUGCCUUGAUGUGUCUGAGAACAAGUUGAGCCACCUGCCAGAUGAACUCUGCGACCUGGAGUCUCUGACAGAUCUGCACUUCUCCCAGAAUUACCUGGAGUCCCUGCCCGAAGACAUCGGCCGGCUAAGGAAGCUUACCAUCUUCAAGGUUGACCAAAACAGGCUGGGAAGCCUGCCAGAGUCAAUCGGGGACUGUGUGAGCCUGCAGGAGUUGAUCUUGACAGACAACCUGCUGACGGAGCUGCCCGCCUCAAUCGGUCGACUGGUGAACUUGAACAACCUGAAUGCCGACUGCAACCAGCUGUCAGAAUUGCCGGCCGAGAUCGGCCAGCUGGUGCGGCUGGGCGUGUUGUCGUUGCGCGAGAACUGCCUCCAGAGGCUGCCACCCGAGACUGGCACAUUGCGGCGGCUGCACGUGCUAGACGUGUCUGGAAACAGGCUACAAAAUCUGCCUUUGACCGUGACUGCAUUAAAUUUGAAGGCAUUAUGGUUGGCCAAGAACCAGUCUCAGCCAAUGCUCAAGUUCCAGACCGAUUUGGAUGAAGCGACGGGCGACAAAGUGCUCACAUGCUUUCUGCUCCCACAGCAGGACGACCAUACAGAAAGCAUGGAAAAUUUGCUGCGAGACAGCACAGAACAGGACAGUCGACUGAGCUGGGACCAAAAGGCCGAGAACCGUGCUUCAGCUGUAAAGUUCGUCGAAGAGGCUGUCGAGGAGAAAUUGGACAAGGAACUUGAGACUCAAUUUGUUCGUCACGACACUCCUCAUCCAAGGGAGCUGAAGGCACGGCACCAGAAGUUUGUGCAGAAGACCAAGAACAUUGAUGGUCACGUGAUGUCGCAUUCGGAUGAGGAUGGUGAAGUUGGUGUGUACAGACCGCAUCGAGCCAGCACUGGGUCCAUGCAAUCAGGAUCUUCAAUUGAGACAGCACCUUGCCAGUCACGAGAAGGUGAGCCCGCUGGCCGACCUGGCAGUGGAAGCGACCAGGAGCCCGACGGACGGCCCACGUCCGUUUCCGAGGAGGAAGCGCAGCACAUGGCACGGGUUGCGCACAACGGGAUGGCACCAACGGCUCAGCAGGCUGGUGGCAGCCCAGAGUCUUCGGGUGACGAGGAUGACAAGAGGGAAAGUGACCGGCAUGUGGCAUUCACACAUGAUGGGCCCGAAGAGCCAGCAGACCGGCAGAAUCGACUUCAUCGACGGGACACUCCUCACCACCUCAAGAACAAGAGGAUCCAUGUAGGCAGCACUCGCGAGGACCAGGAGAAGGUGGCAUCUAUAUUGAUGCAAGCCCUUCAUCGGCCAGAAGGCGAAGAACCAUUGCCGCCUCCACCUCCUUCACCGCCACGAGAGCGCCAAGCAGUUGAUUCUGAAUCGGAGCUGGAUGGGGCAAACACGUCAUUUGGAGAAAGCAUUGCCCCUGCUACGGUUGUGGAGGAGCACAUGAGGAUAUUCGUGGAAAGGAAUGCUUCGGGUCUUGGGCUUAGCGUGGCCGGUGGGAAGAAUUCAACGCCGUUCAAAGGGGAGGAUGAGGGUAUAUUUAUUUCUAAGAUAAUCGAAGGUGGACCGGCGGAACGGGCGGGGCUGAGAGUUGGCGACAAGAUCCUCUCUGUGAACAAUGCAUCUGUGGUGGACAUUGACCAUUACGAGGCCGUGAAUGCACUGAAGGCGGCAGGCAACAAGAUAUCCCUGCUUAUAGCACGAGAAGUUCAGCGGCCCACAUCAUCUUUGGCGAGGGAGCCAGUGACAGCGACGGCAGUGCCGUCCAAGGUGCCGCUGCAGCAGAUGCACUCGGAGCCUCUUCGUCCUUUGGAGGAAGAGCCUCUUUCUUUACCGAGGACGUCGCCCGUAUCCGUGCCACAGCAGAGGGUGCGACAGCCUGCGGCAAGUGGAGGACCUCAGAACCUGCUGGCUCCCUUGCCGACGGGAGAUGGCGACAUGCGCUCGCUCCCUACAACACCCGAGCCACGCACGCCUGAGCCAGACUUUGAGACCAAACGAGAGAUCAUCUAUACCACGUUGAUUAGGGACCACAAUGGCCUGGGUUUCAGCAUAGCUGGAGGAAAAGGAGGUACACCAUACAAAGACGGAAGCCAAGGCAUCUUCAUAUCACGGAUAGCAGAGGGCGGAGCCGCAGCGCGCGAUGGCAAGCUGCGUGUCGGCGACCGCGUUCUGUCCAUCAAUGGCAUCGACAUGGACGGAGUGCGACACGAUCAGGCCGUGGCCAUGCUUACGGGACUCGAACGCUUUGUGCGACUGGUCGUACAAAGAGAGGAACUGGUCCACCACUGCCCACUGCCUACGACCCUGACGACUUCUGCAACGACAACCAGCAGGCCCUACGGUGGGAGUCUCUACUCCUCCUCGUCGUACAUGGCUAACCGGCCAUCGUAUCUGGGUGGAUACAAGAGGCCGGGUCCCAUUGGCAGUGUGGGAGGCACUGGUGAUGAGGCAGCUGCCGGCGACAAGCAGCCUGCAGGCACAAAGACGACGUACUCCAUCUACACCAAGCUGCCAGGGCUGAGGAACGACACCGCCACCUUGACGGGGUGUGCACCACACCCUGUGCUUCCUCACCAGCCAUACUCGUUCCCCAGUGCGCAGCGAGAUCCCCCCUUACCUGCAGCCCAUCCUUCAGAGCCAAUCUAUGCCAACAGUGGAGACCAUGGUGGUCUUGGCACCUCAUUGUCAUCGUUUCGACCUGCUCGUGUCGUGCCACAUGGUACAAACGCCAUUGGCAACGGCUUUCCACCGUCUGCGGGAGGCGUGCAGACGGCCACUUCGAACCCAUCAUCUUCACCGUCGUCCCAGCGGUUGAAAGGUCCCCUGGUGACGGUCACGAUUCAGCAGCCAGAUCCCUAUGCGCCUCUGGCCGCUGAGUUCCCCCCAGCACCAAAGACCCUGGGACGCACCACUGAGGUGAUCACACGAACGACUUUAACCGAGACGACAACAACGCGGGUCACCAACAAUGUCCUGUCACUCACGCCUGGCUCAGAAGAGGACGUCACCCUCGUAAAAGCUGGCGGCCCCUUGGGCUUGAGUAUUAUUGGUGGGACGGAUCACCCUUGCCAUCCGUUUGGUGCCGAUGAGCCUGGUAUCUUCGUGUCUAAGAUUGUGCCAGACGGAGCAGCGUCCAAGUGUGCGAGGCUACGAGUCGGUGACCGCCUGCUCAAGGUUAACGGCGUGGACGUGACUGAGUGCACACACCAGGACGCAGUGUUGGCCUUGCUGGACCCAUCUUACCAGGUGGUCCUCACCGUUCGCCACGACCCACUUCCUACGGGCUGGCAGGCCGAGCCACUAGCUGUAACUGAGCUCGUGAUUCAGAGGGAGCCGGGAGAGAAGCUAGGGAUGAACAUCAAGGGAGGUGUCCAAGGGCAUUCCGGGAACCCAGCCGAUCCAACCGAUGAAAGCAUCUUUAUUUCAAAGAUUAAUACGAAUGGUGCAGCACUUAGGGAUGGCAGGCUCAAGCCAGGGAUGCGAAUUGUUGAGGUGAAUGGCCUGUCUCUGCUGGGAGCUACGCACCAGGAAGCUGUGAACAUUCUGAGGACAGCAGGCGACACAAUACGGCUUGUGGUUUGUGACGGCUACAAUGCCGCUACGACUCCAGGUGGCGACUCUCCCGGUCAGGAGGGCUCACUGAAGGCUGCCGCCUCCGUGUCCUCUAUCGACCACGAGGAUGAGGUGACACUUGCCCUGAGAGAGGAGCAAAGUGCACUCAGAGAAACAGCCCAGUGGGAAAAAGAGGACCGUGAUACCAUAGAAAGGCUGAAGAAGGAGAGGGACGCAGACUCGCACAGCUUGCACAGCUUCACCUCUGUCUCCUCACAGCACUCGGGCAAAGCACUGGCCACCUUGCCCGUCGAUGGCAAGGCAGUGGCACUGCCCGCAGACAGUAAGUCAGUGGAGCAGCGCGUCAUGGAAGUGGUUCGAGCCGCUGAGCAGCUUGUGAGUCCUGCGUUGGCCGCAGCUGCAACUUCGGUGACACCACCGGCCACCUCCUCUGUGCCUGCAAGCGAGCAGAAGACUACAACCGUCAUCAUGACCAAGAAGUCAGUCAGCCACCCGCCAGCUUCAGCAGCAGCCACGCUCGUCAGGAGCGACCGGCCCCAGGUAUCGCCUCCUCCUCCCCCCCCAUCCACAACAACCUCCUCUGCCCCGUCUACCCUCCGGCACCAUGUUCCUCCCCCUCACUCUGGUGAUGACGUCUUCCUCCCUCCUUCCCCACCUCGGGACGAUCGCACUGGUGGUGGUGGUGGCGGCAGCCCCGUGGAGAACGGCGGGACACUUCCUCCUCCUAGCGUCUCUUCUCUCCCGCCGGAGCCCUCUCGGCACAGCAAACCUUCCAAACUUAGCCUGGGUCCUAAGCCUGUUCCCCCUCCCAAGCCCAAAAAGCUCCAGGGCUUGGUAACAGAGCCCGAGUCGCUGACAUUCAUUGAGAAGAAGCACCACUUUGAAAGCAUGCAGCAGCAACAGGGCUCGCUUCACAGUACCCAGGCACCGGAGGCCAAGCGCUUCAGCUUCUUGUCUGAAAAUGAACUGCAGAAACUGCGGGAGGAGCAGGAAAGCAAGCAUGAUGGCAGGUGGUCACGCCAAGAGGGAAGUUGUGAAGAAGAGGAGGGUGAUGAGGAGGAAGAGGAGGGUGAUGAUGACGUAGACAUGCCUCCCGUUUCUGCACAGCAUAUGGCUGCAACCGAACUGGACAGCCCGAUGUCAGCGGAGACUGAGCCCGUGCGGCAAGUGCCUAUCCCAGCAGUGCGCACCCUGAAGGCAGAGCGGCGUCUUCAGGAGCGCCAGCUGCAGCAGCGUGGCGAGGAAAAGGACGAAGGGACGCAUCCCCUGGGCCUCACCGACGCUGAGCAGAGGGUGCUUGAGGCUGAAAAGAGAGCGGCAUGGCGGACAGCCAGAAUGAAGUCGCUGGAAGAAGAUGCAGUCCAGGCCCAGGCCAUGCUGGCUCGUAUGACGGAGGGCGUGGAGGCCAGACCUGUGUCACCCAUUUUUAAGGCGGUCGACAUCAACAUCGAUGAAACUGCUGAUCAGCAAACACCAAGGGAGCAGGCGACGAAAGAUGCAUUUGACGACGAAAAUAGCAACAACCUGGAGCAUCCAGAACUUGAUUCUGACAGGGAGCAGAGCUUGGGGCACAAGGCGCUGCUCGGCGACGAAGAGCUGCCUCGGCUGGUGCUGACGCUGCGCGACGGGCAGACAUGCACGGUGGAGCGGGAGCACGUCGUGGACGAGACGGUGUCCCGCCGCAUUGAGCGAGUCAUCGAUCCCCACACUGGGGAGGCCCGCCUGCGCACACUCGAGUUUGUUGAGAAAGUGGUCGAGAAAGAGAUUGAGACAACCACUGAGAAGAUCCUUUCUCUAGAGCUUCAUGGGAGGCAUCAAGAUGCCGCCAAUGAUAAUGGGAACUGCGAGGAUGAGGCCGGUGGCGACGAAGGAGACCUUCCUUCUCCCACGUCCGAUCAAGGGCCGGGCCCAGCACUAGCCAAGAAGAAAAAACGGAGGCGGUCCAAGCGCAGAUGAGACUGCCAGUGCACCAACAAGCUUCUGCUGCCAGUUGGGAGAAAGAGGAAGGCCCCCUGGUUGUCACACUCUGAACCGUCUGUUCCUCCUCCCCCCAGUGCAACUCCCACACCCAUCAUCAUUUCACCGUGUGCAACUGAAACACUGUGUUUUGCAUCCGUUCCGUCCUCCCCUCAUGUUUCUGUUUUGCCGUUGCACCUUCAUUGAGCACAUGUGGGGCACGUGUUUGCAUAGCGAGGCAGCUUUUAAGCCGCCUGAAUGGCGCGUUACGAGCCGAUUGGUUGUGUGGACAAGGGCGAGCAGUGUGUGCAUGUAAACCUGACUUGGCCGUUCUUUUGCUGCAGCCCGAGCUCUUUAACAGUGGAUAAUUUGCUGUUGCUGUGACUUAUUCUCGCUUGAGCACCUCCUUGCACGAAGUAAUCUGUUGGCUUUUAUUUUAUGGUAAUGAGAUUUUCUGAAUGGUGCUGCGCCAUUCAUAAUUUAUAGUGCCUUCUAUAGACUUGUAGGUAUUCGCAUAGUAAUAAGGGCCAUUGAUUAUUUGACCCCUCAUGACGUAUCAAACAUGACUGCGCAACUACAAUAUUGCAUAAAAUUUGCAGGUUGCUGUGGCCUUAGCACACCUGUAAUUUGUGCUGCUGGAAUACUGGCAUAGGCAAGUUCAGAGAGCAGUCUGAUACCAUUGCUAAAUGCAAGUGGUUUGCCCAGUAUUAAUUCAACUACCUUCUUUUUAUUGAAGUUUUACUGAUGUUGCAGUUGGCUGUUCUGGCUUUACACAACUUAAGUCUGAACAUUGCAGCAAUUCCAGGUUUGCUAGUGCAACGCUAGCAUGCAAUUCAUGAAUUGAAUAUUGUGUUUGGCUAACCAUUUAGCCAAUUUUGUUGGCACCUAUGCUUCGUUUUAAUGGAAUUCUCUUUACUCAAGCUUUUUGUCCUUUGCUUGUCCUUGCGAUGUGCGCAGUGUGUCACGCUCUCCCGGCAGCGUCGCAACCUGGCGUUGUAGACGGGAGCUGCCCUUAUGAAUGAUUCUGUCCUGUCCUACACUUUGCAGUUGUCUGAGGCAAAGUGUUGUUGGCAGACAGAGUAGAAAGGCUAAAUGAUUUGGUAUGAUGGCACAUUCAAGAUUGGAAAAAGAAAUGUAUGGAACUUUAGAAUGCUACCAGACUUUUCUUUUUCGUUUUAAUCUUAGUGCUUAGCUACUUUCCCUCAUGUUUUCCCCUCUAUUUAUGAUCAUAUUCAAUCACUACUAAAUCUUCUCCAGAAUUUCCCUAAGCUUUGCUGCGCUCUACUUGUUUAUCCAGUUGCAUAGACUGUUGGAUUAUGCCAUUGUCCAAGCCCUUUUCGAAUUUUUUAGCUGCUGGCAUGAAACGCCGAGUACAACUUGAACCCACAGAGCAGGGAAAGCAGGCCAGAUAUUUGUUUGCAGCAUGAACUGCUUGAGCGAUGAAAAGACUGCAGUUCUACCCUUUUCUGUGCUAGCAUUACGGGGUCAUAACUUUUUGUUUCCUUUCUCUUUAAUCACUUGUUGCUGUUUUGCAUGACAAAAUGUGCAAGCAGUUUUGUUGUCUGAGCUAAGCUCUACCACCAGCUUGGUAAUAAGAUUGUUAUUCCUUUGUGUGCUGUGCAAGCAGUAGUACACACUAUUGUUGUUUGCCAAUGUUAUGGGGGUUGAUCAAACCAACCAGGCACUUGUGAGUUCUAUGCAUGAGUGUUUUAUCUCCAUUUUUGUGAGCUGGUUAUUCCUCAUGCAUGCUAUGCCCCAACCUUCUUACCUCUUUCUGCCAGGUUUCGCGGCACUCAUUGUUGCUCUAUUUUCACUCCUAUCUCCAAGCAAGUGUUUUAUUCCUCUCACAGUGUGACUAUUUAUUCGUCAUCAAAUGCUUGGCACUCGUGAGUCCCCUUCCCCUUUUAAUUAAUUUAUCUGCCGAGCUGUAGCAUAGGCCCUUUGGCAUGAACAAUGCCUGAACUGCGAGUUUCAUGCUUAGCAUAGCUCAGUUUUAUUUUAAAUUCUUAAGCACAAUAACUAGAGUUGCAUGACCUUUCUGUUCAGGAAGCAACAUUAUUGUUUUAUGCCAUACCAUCACUUCAGUAAGCGGUGUAACACCAAGAAUCUAUCAUUUCAUCUUACCCUAACCUGUAAGGAUAGUGACCAUGAAAAAGCGCUUCAAAAGCAAAAUUUGUCAAAUCCUCUUGUUGAAAGCUGAUAGCGACUUACCUGACAUCACACAAUCCUGUACAACACUGCAGGCAGUGAAAAACAGUUGUACUUCUAGCGUGAUGCUCUUUGCCGCUUGCAAGUGUUCAUUUCCUGCGGUUGCAGUUUUUGACUGCUCCCCCUUUUUUUCUUUUUGAGUGGUUGAGGUUGCCUUUCACUUUCAUUGAAAGUGUGGAGCUCUUUCUUUGUAUUACCCUCUGCAAUCGUAAGAGACUGAAGCUUCGUGCUAUUGUUCUAAUGCUUCAACUUUCAAGCUGCGCUUGUUUUGACACUAUAACAAUGUGGACUGUUCCCUCGCGUUUGAAACAUUCCCCUUUAAGGUGCACUUAAAUGUUGUGAUGAAAGAAAAAAAAAAUGCUAUCCACCACACCUUUGUCUACUGCUGUCUGUUUGGCGUGAUACUUUUGCCGAUUUGGCAGUGUUCGAGUGCCCUUCGUAGGCGAGGUUUUGCAACCUUUGCAACGGCCACCAUUUCUCCCUUACAACAUAGAUCACAAUAUGGAACGUUGAUAGUUGGUGGUCCUUCUUCAACCCCCCCCCCCCUCUUCCUCACGUUCACUUGCAACUGCCACCACAUGUCUGUCUUUGGUGCUCAUUGUAGACUACAUCUUGUUGUUGCUUUGCUUCUGAAUGGUGUGGAUGACACAUUUCAGGCCACAUUUUGACAUCAUCGACCGACAAAAAGGACAGGGUGUACUCUUGCACUUGUAAAACGGCCGACGUAUUAAGCACCUUGGAAAAGGAGUUUUCAAUGUAACAACUCUCCGUGACAUUUUUCCCCCUCGUCAUGUGCCAAGACUCGUACCAAAUUACAGUGCUCUUGUGCAGUAACCUAACAAAAGCGACGUUGUCGCUCCAGCAUGCUUCAUGUGGUGGGAGUUGUGGGAAUCAAAUAAAACAAAAAAAAAAGACAGGCCCUAAGCGCCUUGAAACUGAAACUCCAUCAAGCAGUAUGGUGGUGGUGGUGCAGGAACUCGACACACUUUGUAUCAGCCAACUGAAUUUCAUGCUCGAGCUCACGUCUAACACUUCAUAUAAAAUUUCUUGUGUUUUCUUGUUUUGUAUUCUCUGUAUAUAGAAGAGGGUAUAGAGAUAAGAGGUAGCUGUAAUGUAUCAUAUCAGUUUUAUUAAAGGCAUUGUACAAAAGA